GGGGCCGCGCGCCCACCAUGAACUCCAGCGGCCCGGGUUACCCGCUCGCCUCGCUCUACGCGGGCGACCUGCACCCUGACGUGACUGAGGCCAUGCUCUACGAGAAGUUCUCGCCCGCCGGCCCCAUCCUGUCCAUCCGCGUGUGCCGCGACGUGGCCACCCGCCGCUCGCUGGGCUACGCCUACAUCAACUUCCAGCAGCCGGCCGACGCGGAGCGGGCACUGGACACAAUGAACUUUGAGGUGAUCAAAGGCCAGCCCAUCCGCAUCAUGUGGUCCCAACGAGACCCAGGACUUCGCAAGUCGGGUGUUGGCAACAUCUUCAUCAAGAACCUGGAAGACUCCAUUGACAACAAGGCCUUGUAUGACACCUUCUCCACCUUUGGGAACAUCCUCUCUUGCAAGGUGGUGUGUGAUGAUCAUGGCUCCCGAGGCUUUGGCUUUGUGCAUUUUGAGACCCACGAGGCUGCACAGAACGCCAUCAGCACCAUGAACGGGAUGCUGUUGAAUGACCGCAAAGUCUUUGUUGGCCACUUCAAGCCCCGACGGGAGCGGGAUGCAGAGCUGGGAGCUCGGGCCAUGGAGUUCACCAAUAUCUACGUGAAGAACUUCCAUGUGGACGUGAAUGAGCAGUGCCUGCAGGACCUCUUCUCCCAGUUUGGGAAGAUACUGAGUGUCAAGGUGAUGAGGGAUGACAGCGGCCACUCCCGCGGCUUUGGCUUUGUCAACUUUGAGACGCAUGAGGAAGCCCAGAAGGCUGUGAUGGAGAUGAACGGGAGGGAGGUGCGUGGACGGCUGCUCUACGUCGGCCGGGCCCAGAAGCGGGUGGAGCGGCAGAAUGAGCUGAAGCGCAGGUUCGAGCAGAUGAAGCAGGACCGGCUGACCCGUUACCAGGGCGUGAACCUGUAUGUGAAGAACCUGGAUGACUCCAUCGAUGAUGAGAAACUGAGGAAAGAGUUCUCUCCCUAUGGAGUGAUCACCAGUGCCAAGGUGAUGACAGAGGGUGGCCACAGCAAAGGGUUUGGCUUUGUGUGUUUUUCCUCUCCAGAAGAGGCGACGAAGGCCGUGACAGAGAUGAACGGGCGCAUCGUGGGGACCAAGCCACUGUACGUGGCACUGGCCCAGCGCAAGGAGGAGCGGAAGGCCAUCCUGACCAACCAGUACAUGCAGCGCCUCUCCACCAUGCGGGCCCUGGGCAGCCCCCUCCUGGGCUCCUUCCAGCAGCCUGCCAGCUACUUCCUGCCCGCCGCGCCCCAGCCUCCAGCCCAGGCCCCAUACUAUGGCUCUGGCCCACCUGUCCAGCCUGCCCCCAGGUGGACGGCCCAGCUACCCAGACCCUCGUCCGCCUACCCGCCUGUGGCCUCGGUUGUCCAGCCAGCAGCCGUGUCUCGGCGCCCCUCGGUCCCCAUUGGCAGUGCAAGGCAGAUCUCCACCCACGUGCCGCGCCUGGUGCCCCACGCCCAGGGAGUGGCCAACAUCGGUACCCAGACCACAGGACCCGGUGUGGCAGGAUGCUCUUCACCAAGGGGGCCUCUCCUGACACACAGAUAUUCCUUGGCAACACCCAACACCCACCGGGUCCAGGAGCCUGCUGUGCGUGUCCCCGGACAGGAGCCCCUGACUGCGUCCAUGCUGGCCGCAGCGCCACUGCACGAGCAGAAGCAGAUGAUCGGUGAGCGUCUCUACCCCCUUAUCUACAAUGUCCACACCCAGCUGGCGGGCAAGAUCACGGGCAUGCUGCUGGAGAUCGACAACUCGGAGCUGCUGCUCCUGCUGGAGUCCCCAGAGUCCCUCAACGCCAAGGUCGAAGAGGCUCUGGCGGUGUUGCAGGACCACGAGGCCACGGAGCAGACCUGAGUGCACGUGCGCCGGGACCAGAAAAUGGACUCCUUACUCCCUUGGCUGACAAGAGAACAGCGUUUCCUGCUCUUGGCUCUAAGGCCCUGUGAACCGUAACUUCCCAACUGGGCUGUAUCUGCACUUGAGCUUUUUGUGGAAUGAAGGCUGGUCACCCAGCCAGCCUCUUACCUGUUGCUUUGUGCAUUAAAAGUGCUGCAAACUCCAUCUUGUCUCCCAGGAAGCCUUCUUGUGUCAGAGGGAGGUGGGCAGAGCAAAGGGUAGCCUUGACUGGGUUGGGGCUUUGGCUGUAAGAAAGAGGAACAGAAACCCAAAGGCACGCUGCGCUAACGUACACAGAGGGCGUGUAAACCGUGCACCAGACAGAGCAGAGCUGCUAGGAACUGAGCAGGAUGACCUGUAAGAGCCCCAGAGGAGCAGCUGCCACCCACCAACCGUGCAGCGGGGGGCUAAGUGGUCGUCACACAGCACUGAAGCUCCUGGUGCCCACAUGUGCGUUGGGGUUCUGGAUGCCUGGCUUGAGCAGCCUGCAGGGCAGGAGACUCUGCAAGCAGCAACUGCUUCUUCGCUCUGGGCUGGCUGACUAAGGCGUUGUGUCACGACUCCACUCUUGUAGAAGGGCUUUCGGUUACCUUCCCAGGUUGUGAUUUCCAGGUUAUGCUGGUCUGCCUCCUAUGUUUUCGUGAGGAAAUCAAGCUACUUGCCUUGUGGACCUCAAGAAGAGAAAGUCAGUCUGUUGUGACUAGAUGUCACCUCUAAACCUGCCUAAAAUCGGGUGAGAGUCACGCCUGCUGAAGAGGCAGCAAGAGAAGGGGGGUGCAGCUGCUCGCUUUGAAAUGGUCCCCGGGCCAGGCCCGUGGAGUUUCUGUGACUGUAAAAUCUGCUUCAGCCUGGAGGUCUGGUUGCUCAGAGACUCGGCCCUUGGAGAGGGCUGAAGCAGCGUGCUAACAGUGGAAUGUUGCCCAGAACCGAAUGGGAUGGGGGAGCAAAGGGACAAUAAGAACCCUGUCUGCCCGGCUUUCUGGAGUCAAACUUCUCCAUUAAGAUGAAGACAAUUUAAGCUAAGACACGGUCCAGGCAGGCAGGGGGAGGCAGCCCUUCGUUCUGGCCGGAUCCUCAGGCGCCCCCGGCCUCACCCACACCGCACUUCGUGAGGUUGAAUGGCACUUCCUGGCCCUGUCCUCCCAGCAGAGGCCUUCACCAGCGCUGUUCCGGCUGCUUGGAUUGCUCUUCCCUCCCCUCUUCACCUGCUGUGAUCCCCACAUUAGAACUUAGUUCAAACUUGACUUCCUCAGGGACCCCUUUUCCUCCACGGAGUCAAACCUCCCUAGUUGGGGAAAGUGUUGCGACCACUCCUUUAGAACACUUAAGCCGGCUGCAGUUUCACGCUUGUG